GAGGGGCCGGUCAAGAUGGCGGCCGGGCAGGGGGGCGGUGGCGGCAACAACGGCAGCGGGAGCGGCAGCGGGAGCGGCAGCGGGAGCGGGACGGCGCCCGGGAGCGGAGCGGCGGGGCUCGGGAUCCCCGCGCACCUCACUCUCUCCUUCUCGUCCGGGCCGCACUGGGGCGCGGCAGCUCUGCCGCAGUCGCACACGGUGCGCAGCCUGGAGCGGGCCCUGGAGGAGGCGGGCAGCUCGGGCAUCCUGUGCCUGAGCGGGAGGAAGCUGCGCGACUUCCCCGGCAGCGGCUGCGACCUGAGCGACACCACGCAAGCAGGGCACCUCAUGCUUGGCUACUGAGAAUCUCCUCCACUGGUGAGUGGAAAGAAACCUUUGGUGUGUUGCAGUUGCAUGCGGCCUGGUGGGCUGAGAGAAUGUUCCUGUCAGUGUUAUUGCAGCAGCAGAAGCUGAGGGAUCCCCGGCUGUUUUCUCCUUUUCUCUUGAAGACCUUUUGAACAGCUGCAGGAAUGAUUUUGUAGCCAGAAGAUUGCAUGCUGGUUUUAGCCAUUUUAGAGUAUCGAAUUCACAAGCAUAAGUGGCAAUGUCUACUUUAGCCCACUGUUAGUUUGAACACCCCAGAAUGCUAUUUCUCCUUGGUGCAAAUGGUUGUAUAGCUGAGGAUAAAGAAGGCCAUAAAUGUGAUACAACUCCCUGUCCCUCAGUCUACUGUCUGUCCACAAAGCACAGAAGCUGGGUCUCCUCUAGCUCUGUCUUUCUCCAAAGAGGAGGCCAAAGAGGAGAAAGACAAGAAAGCUGGAGAGGAGGAACAAAGUGAAGUUCCCUCUGUUCUCAGAGACAGUGGUGAACUUCCUACAGUUCUUGAAGAUGGUGGUGAAUUUCUCCCCAUUCUGGAAGAUGACAGCAGAGCUCCAGCAGUGUGGAUUGAGGGUGGCGAAUGUCUUGUGGUGUGGGGUGAGGAGUGGGAACAUCCUGCAGUGCAGGAAAAAGGAUAGCAAAGAUCUUGCAGUGUGGGAGGAGGAGGGCAAACAUCCAGUGGUGUGUAAAGAGGAUGGCAAGCAUCAAGCGAUAUGGGAAGAAGAGGGACAACAUCUCUCUGCAUGUGAAGAGCACCAUGAACAUCCCAGUGUUCGGGAAGAGGAUGGCAAAGCACCACCAGUUUGGGAAGAGAACAGCGAACCUUCCUCUGUUGAGGCAUCAUGGGCUAAGCAUUCUGACAGCAGCACAGCCCUGCAGCCAGAGGGGAGAGGAGAGAAGUGCCUGGUGCAGCUGAGUACGUCUGCUCUCUGUCUUGUCUGCCAGAGCAGGGUGUGGUGUGUGUGUGAGCAUCGGCUGUAUUCAGUGUUCCUCUGCAGCUGAAUGGCACACAGUAGUUUAUUGAUCUUGCCCACCUGAGUACAAGGGGUACAGAGCCUCAGAGAGUGGGGCUGCAUUUUGGCUCUGCUGCAAGGUGGGAUCUCCAUCUUGCAGUGACUGCCUUUCCUGUUUCUUUCAGGGAGCACUGUGAGCAUGGGGGAGCCUGCCAAGAAACACUGAAGCUGAGCCAGUUGGCCAAGGCCCUGGAUUUCCUUCAUUUGAGCCAGGUGAUCCAAAGAAAUCUAAAAAGCUCCAGCAUCCUUCUGGGAAUGGAUGGCCCUGUCAAGUGCUCUAACCACUGUCAAGGGUAGGUAUCAUUGGUCAGGCACAGUGUUCCCAGGAUGCAGGUGUGGGGCUGUGUCCCAGUGAUGACCAGGUCCCCAAAAGUGGUGCUGGUGAGAGUGCCUGGACCCUGCUGCCAGCUGAGAGCAGCUGCAACGUGCAGAGAGGUCUGGAAAAGAGCAGGGUGUCAAGAGGGGCUUGGCUUUGUGUAUGUCCCUUCCAGAGGGGAGGGAGUAAGAAUCUAAAGCUUCAAGUGAAUAAAUAAAAGCUACUGCCUGAAACCUGAGGGUAUCUUUAAGUGGCCAGUUGCAUAUUUCUUUGGCUCAGAGGACUUUUGCAGCUGGAUUCAGUAGUAAAUUCUCAGACCUAUAGCUGGGAAUUCUUUUGAUUUUUAAUUCCAGCUAGCUCUUGACAGUGUUUGUUUUUGUCCUCAGCUGAUUUUGGCUUCUGCACUCAGCUGACCCCUGAGCAGGAUCAUCAGACCUCCAUGGUGGGCACUGCUCACUGAAUGGCCCCAGAAGUUUUGAUCAGUUCUCCUUAUGGCCCCAAGGUAGACAUCUGGUCCUUUGGGAUAGUGACCCAACAGUGGGUGGAAGGAGAGCCUCCUUCCUUCAGACAAACUGGCAGAUGUCCAAGUGUUUGCAUAGGCCUGUGUGCACAGGAUGGCUCUGCACUUGGAUGAGCCACUGGAUGUUUGUGCACACGGUGGAAGGAAAUUCCCAGAGCACUCAAUGAAAUUGGCUGUCAGGGCAAGCUUGUUUGCCUGCAGCUUGGCUGCAUCAGGGUUUGGGUUUUAUUGUUGGUAUAGAAAAACGAUCUCUGAGCAGCAUCUCUGCCUGGGAGGACACUGCCCCUGGAGCCUGGGGCUCAGGACCUGGGGUUGCUGUGAGCAGCUGUGGGUGUGAAGGGAACUGGUGCAGUGUUGUGUUGGCUUUUCCCCCAGCUCGUGCUCUGAUGGGGCAGAACAGGACCCAGCGUUGCUGCAGGAAUUGCUCAGCGCAGCCUGCAGCCGGGCGAGGAGCGGCGCUGCUCUGCCUGGGAGCUGCUGCAGGUGAGUGCAGGGCAAACAGCACUGCAACAGUGGGGUUUUCCUGUCUGGCCCCCAUCCUGUAAUCUGCAGUCUUGGUGCUUUGCAAACUGAGAGCAAGCAGAAUGAAUCCUAGACUGGUUUGGGUUGGCAGGGGCCUUUCAAGGUCAUCUGGACCAGGUGCCCUGCAGUGAGCAGGGCCAUCUUCAAGCAGAUCAGGUGGCUCAGAACCCUGCCUGACCUAACCUUGGGUGAUUGCAGGGGUGAGGCACUUUCUGCAUCUCUGAGCAACUUCUGUCAGUUACCUCAUUCUCCUUGUAAAAAAGUUUUUCUUUACAUCUUAUCUGAGUCUGCUGACCUUCCUUUGAGUUUAAAACCACUCUCCCUUGUCCUGUUGCAACAGGGCCUGUAAUGGAGCUUGAGUUUGGAAAGGAACACUUCAUUUAUCUAUAUUUUAUUCUUUGGGCAGCAUCCAUUUUUAUCGUCAGCCAAGCCUCUCUCCAGCCUGACAUCUCUGAUCACUGCAGCAAAGCAGUUGAGAGAGUAGCAGAGAUGCAGCACUAGAAGACAGCUUUUUGUUAUGCUAGUUAGGAUAGUUAGUUUGUUAUGGUAGUUAGGGCAUUUAAUUUGAUAUGCUAGUUAUGACAGCCAGUUUGUUAAGCUAGUUAGGACAGCUAGUUUGUUAUGCUAGCUAGGACAAUUAGUUUUUUAUGCUCGUUUUUUGAAUAAAAACUCUUAAACCUCAACUCCCUUGUAGUAUCCCUUCCUUAUCACCCUAUG